AUGGGGUUUGGUGGUCCCCUGUCUGCACAGGAGCAGAUGUUCAUCCUGUAUGAGGUCAAAAUGCAGUGCUUUCAGAACCUGUCCAACAUGGAACUGGCAAUCGCAGAUGAAGUGUGCCCUCCUGACUGGGACGGUCUUAUUUGUUGGCCCCAAGGCUCCCCUGGACAGGUCACAAAUGUCCCUUGUCCAUCUUACAUCUAUGACUUCAAUCACAAAGGACAUGCUUACAGGAAGUGUGAUGUCAACGGUUCCUGGGUAUUUGUGGAGAACUGGAACAAGACGUGGGCCAACUACUCAGAGUGUCUCCGCUUCCUUCAGCCUUUUACCGACGAGGAAGCAAGACAAGACUUCUUUGAGCGGUUGUACGUCAUGUACACCACUGGCUACGCCGUGUCCUUCAGCUCUCUGCUUGUGGCCAUCAUGAUCAUCGGAUACUUCAGGCGUCUUCACUGCACCAGAAACUACAUCCACAUGCACCUGUUUGUUUCCUUCAUGUUACGGGCAGUCAGCAUCUUCGUAAAGGACAAAGUUGUUUAUACAAGUGCGGGAUUGCAGGACUUUGACUCGGCCCUGGUGGACAACUUAAAAACAGUUAGCAUUGCAUCACUUGACAAGUCUCAAUACAUCGGCUGUAAGGUGACGGUGCUGCUCUUCAUCUAUUUUCUGGCUACAAACUAUUACUGGAUCCUGGUCGAAGGCCUCUACCUGCACAGCCUCAUCUUCAUGGCAUUCCGGUCCGAUUCCAAAUAUCUCUGGGGCUUCAUUCUCAUAGGCUGGGGUGUGCCAGCUCUUUUUGUGGCAGUCUGGGCGAUUGUCAGGGCAACACUGGCAGAUGCAAGGUGCUGGGAGUUGAGUGCUGGUAACAUUAAGUGGAUUUACCAGGUACCCAUUUUGACAGCAAUAGGGCUCAACUUUAUUCUCUUUGUGAAUAUUGUUCGAGUUCUGGCCACGAAGAUACGAGAGACCAAUGCGGGGAGAUAUGAUACCAGGAAACAGUACAGGAAAUUAGCAAAGUCCACCCUGGUUCUGGUGCUGGUGUUUGGUAUCCACUACAUCAUCUUCGUUGGGAUGCCUCAUACAUUUGAGGGAUCAAGCUGGGAGAUCCGGAUGUACUGUGAACUUUUCUUCAACUCAUUUCAGGGCUUCUUCGUGUCUAUUAUAUAUUGCUACUGCAAUGGAGAGGUCCAGACAGAAAUAAAGAAAACCUGGACACGUUGGAAUCUGGCCUUUGACUGGGAGGGCCCAGUGGUCUGCGGUCGCUAUCGAUACGGCUCUGUGGUUGUGGGUUUGAACAACAACAGCACCAGCAGUCAGUCCCAUCUGGCAGGUGGUGGGCUUUCCACUCGAUCCACCACAGUGGCUUCCAGCCGCAUCAGUCGAAGCACAGGCCCCCCAUCGAUCAACGUGCACGCCACCCUUCCAGGGUACGUAAUGACAAACUCAGACCCAUCCAUACCAGAGGAACCUGAAGACAGUGGCCCUAAACAAGUGGACGAUAUCUCGCUGAAGGAAAAUCUGGCAGUCCUGAAUAUGAGUGCAACAGUGGAGGAUGAGGAGGAAACACUGUAG